UCGAAAUGGUUUUGAUAAUCCUGACCUUUGUGCUGGUUCUGCUUGCGCUGCUCUAUAAAUAUGCGAUGGCUCCAUACAGGACAUUCGAGGAGCGUGGCAUAGUAUGCGACAAGCCGAAGCCAUUUCUGGGAAAUGUGAGUCUGCGAGUGUUGCUGGGACGCAAGUCCUUUCUGAAGAUGCUCAUCGAACGGAGCACCGAGCUGAGGAAACACAAGAUCUAUGGCUUCUAUAAUCUGCGCGAACCAUUCUUUGUGCUGCACGAUGUCGAGCUGAUCAAACGCGUGGGCAUCCAGGACUUUGAGCAUUUCAUCAACCAUCGCCCAAUGAUACCCGAAUCGGGUGAAAGCAUUUUCUCGAAAAGUCUCAGUGGCCUGAAGGACGACAAAUGGAGGGAAAUGCGUAAUACGCUAACGCCAUCAUUCACGGGUAGCAAGCUGAAGGCCAUGUUCGAGCUGAUCAAUGAGUGCAGCGUGGAGGGUGGGCGUUACAUAGAGGCAGAGCUGCUCAAGUCGAACGAAAAGGAGAUCGAACUGGAAAUGAAGGAUUAUUUUGGCCGAUUUGCCAAUGAUGUUAUAGCAUCGGCUGCAUUUGGCAUUAAGGUCAAUUCGUUUGUGGAUAAAAAUAAUCAGUUCUAUACGCUAGCGAACUCCGUGACACAUUUCUCGUAUCUAGCCUUAGUCAAGGUUUUACUAUAUGGCAUUAUGCCCAGGUUGAUGAAGGCUCUGCGCGUCAAACUCUUUGAUGGCAAGAAAAUCGAUUAUUUUAAUAGUCUGGUCUUUGAUGCCAUGAAAUAUCGCACGGAACACAAGAUAAUACGACCCGAUAUGAUACAUUUGCUCAUGGAGGCCAAGCGACAGUUUCAACAGAAUGGCAAAUCGGAGAGCUCAGCGGAACACGCCGAAUUCAAUGAUGAGGAUCUGUUGGCGCAGUGUUUGCUCUUCUUCUUUGUGGGCUUCGAGGUGAUGUCGGCUAGUCUCUGCUUUCUCACCUAUGAACUGUGUCGGAAUCCCGAAGUACAAUCCAAAUUGUAUGAGGAAGUUUCGGCCGUGGAGCAGGAGCUGCAGGGUAAACCUCUCAACUACAACAUGUUGGCCAAGAUGAAGUAUAUGGACUUGGUUAUAUCAGAAUUGCUGCGAAUGUGGCCGCCAGCGUUCAGCUUGGACCGGCAGUGCGGCAAAGAUAUAGACAUGUACGACGAGAAUCGGCAGUUGUUGGCCAAGUUUCGAAAGGGCGACAUUAUUCAAAUACCGAUUAUAGCCUUGCAUCGCGAUCCAAUAUAUUUUCCAGAACCCGAACGCUUCAAGCCCGAACGCUUUUUGGAUGAGAACAAAGCGAAUAUAAAACCCUUUACGUAUUUACCUUUCGGCGUGGGUCCGCGCAGUUGUAUAGGCAAUCGCAUGGCACUCAUGGAAAUCAAAUCCAUCAUCUAUCAUUUAGUUAGUAAAUUUCAAUUGUUGCCAACUGACAAAACGGUUAAGAAUAUGCUGGAUAGCUUAAAGGUUACAGUCGAGCACUCGAAGCGCUCAGUUGAGCUAAAAAAUAACAAAAUGUUUUUGAUUUUCUGCACACUCGUGAUCGUAUUGUCCGCAUUACUCUACAAAUGGUCGGUGGCCAAGUAUCAGACGUUCGAGCAGCGGGGUAUACCCCAUGAGAAGCCUACUCCGCUGCUGGGUAAUAUGCGCUUCAAGGAACUCUUUGGUUUGGCUCCGCACCUGACCAAGCAAAUCGAGCAGUAUUUGCGUUUUAAAGACUGCAAAGUUUAUGGCUCAUACUUUCUGCGCGAUCCGAUAUUUGUGGUGCGCGAUCUGGAGCUGAUCAAGAGCGUAGGCGUUAAGGAUUUUGAUCACUUUGUCAAUCAUUCGGGAUCGGAGCAGUUUCAGACGCUGCUGUCGAAGAGUCUGCAAAAUGCGGGCGAUGUACGACCUGAUCAAUGCCUGCAGGUCUUUGGGGCCAUCAAAUUUCGCAAGGAAAAUACGAUUGUUCGACCUGAUAUGAUACAUUUGCUAAUGGAGGCUCAACGCAAGGCGAAUGCAUCGGAGGAGUCAAGCAAAAAGUUCACAGACGACGAUCUGUUGGCUCAAUGUCUGCUCUUCUUCUUUGCGGGCUUUGAGACGGUGUCCACGUGCAUGUGCUUUGCCGCCUACGAACUGUGCAUGAAUCCGAGGGUGCAAAAGCAGCUGUAUGAAGAGAUCUUAGAGGUCGAGCAACAGCUGGAGGGAAAGCCCCUCGAUUACGAUAGUCUAAUGAAAAUGAAGUAUAUGGAUAUGGUGGUAUCGGAAGCAUUGCGCAAAUGGCCGCCGGCACCUCUAACGGAUCGGAGCUGCAAUGCCGAUAUCGAUAUACGGGAUGACAACAAUGAGAUUGUCGUGUCACUGAAAAAGGGAGAUCGCAUAUUUAUACCCAUUACAGGCCUGCACUACGAUCCCGAGUAUUUCGCCGAGCCCCAUAAGUUUCAGCCGGAACGUUUUGCGGAGGAAAAUAAACAUGAAAUCAAGCCAUUUACAUAUUUGCCCUUUGGCGUCGGGCAACGCAACUGCAUAGGCAAUCGCAUGGCUUUAAUGGAGGUCAAAUCAAUUCUAUAUCAUUUGCUGAGCAAGUUCGAAUUGCUGCCUUGCAAAAAAACUACAAUUGACAUGAUGAACAAUAUCGUGGGCUUCCAGAUGGCGCCCAAGGAUAAAUUUUGGCUCAAAUUUGUGGCCAGAAGCGGCGAAGCAGCUAAAUGAAUGUGAUAGAAAUAAAAAGU